AAGUCUUUUUUCUGUGAUUUGGCGAAGUUAUACAGAACUCGCCAGAUUGAUCGGAUUUACUUCUCCAAAUCAAACGCUAGCGUCUAAAUUGUCCUUCGAGAUCCACAUCUUAUCUGCUCUGUUUCGAGAUGGAUCCCGGAAUGCCCAUUAAGAAAUGGGUAAUACUGUACCCAGUUUAUAUCAAUUCGAAGAAGACGGUGGCUGAGGGGAGGAGGAUCAGCUUGGGUAAAGCCUGUGAGAACCCUACAUGCCUCGAGAUCAGCGAUUGCUGCAACCAUUUGAAAAUCCCUUCCGCAAUUGAGCUUGACAAGGCGUAUCCCCGUGAUUUCAUGCAACGAGGGAGAGUGAGAGUUCAGUUGAAAAGGGAAGAUGGCACUCUGUGUAAUCCAGCCAUUACUUCGAGGAAGCAACUGAUGCAGCAAAUCGCGGAGUUGGUACCGAGACAUCAUGGAAGAGUAAAGAAACAGGAAGCACAGUCGAGUUCUUCCAAUGCUGGAACAUCUUCAAAGUCUGGCAAAGGCGGCAAAAAGAAGAGAUAAAGACGGGUCUCUUUCCCUUUCCUUAGAGAGAAAAACAAUGUUGGCCUUUUCCCUUUUUACUAGGAUUCUAUGGACUUUGCGAACUGGGAAGAGAGAAGAGCAGAGUCCAUAGAGUUUUAUCAUUGAGUUUACUUUUGGGAACUUGCACUUGGAUUAUGAUGAAUGGUGGGUGAACACAGUAAAUGUAAUGAGGUUUCUUUUUUGACUUUU